UUUUUUUUUUUUUUUUUAAUUGCAAGCAUAUUUCUUUUAAUGACUCCAGAAAAAUUAAGCUUCAAGUAAACAAAAGUGGAAAGUGACCUACACUUUUAACUUGUCUCACUAGUGCCUAAAUGUAGUAAAGGCUGCUUUAAGUUUUAUAUGUAGUUGGAUUUUUUUUUUUUUGGAGUCUGAAGGUAUCCAUCUACAGUCAUUGAGGCCCAAGUUGAAUUUGAAUUCAAGUGGAUUCUAAAUACUUCUGUUAAUCUUGAAGAGAGAAGCUUCUUAAGGAGUAAACAAGUUGAAUAGAGAAAACAUUGAUUGAUAAUAGGUGUUCUAGUCGUCUUUUUAAUGUUUUCUGCUGUGAAACAUUUCAAGAUUUAUUGAUUUCCUCCCUUCUCCCCAUUUUUCCCAUCACAUUCACAUUCACACGCACACGCACGCACAUUCACUUUUUAUUUGCCAUAAUGAACCGUCCAGCCCCUGUGGAGAUCUCCUAUGAGAACAUGCGUUUUCUGAUAACUCACAACCCUACCAAUGCUACUCUCAACAAGUUCACAGAGGAACUUAAGAAGUAUGGAGUGACAACUUUGGUUCGAGUUUGUGAUGCUACGUAUGAUAAAGCGCCAGUUGAAAAAGAAGGCAUCCAUGUUCUAGAUUGGCCAUUUGAUGAUGGAGCUCCACCCCCUAAUCAGAUAGUAGAUGAUUGGCUAAACCUCUUAAAAAACAAAUUUCGUGAAGAGCCAGGUUGCUGUGUUGCAGUGCAUUGUGUUGCAGGAUUAGGAAGGGCACCUGUGCUGGUUGCACUUGCUUUGAUUGAAUGUGGAAUGAAGUAUGAAGAUGCAGUUCAGUUUAUAAGACAAAAAAGAAGGGGAGCAUUCAAUUCCAAACAACUGCUUUACCUGGAGAAAUACCGACCUAAGAUGCGAUUACGCUUCAGAGAUACCAAUGGGCAUUGCUGUGUUCAGUAGAAAGAAAAGUAAACGAAGGCUGACUUGAUUGUGGCAUUUAGAGGGAACUCUUGGUACCUGGAAAUGUGAAUCUGGAAUCUUAACUGUGUCAUCAAAGUAGUGAUGGAUUCAGUACUCCUCAACCACUCUUUUAAUGAUUGGAUUAAAAACCAACCAAAAAGAAAUCCCUCUCUAGCAUGAAUAAAAUGUAUGAGAAAAGAAAAAGAGAAAGGAAAAAAUAAUUUAGUGAAGGAUGAAUUUUGCUAGUGUUGGAGUUUGAAUUUCUGCCAGGGUUGGAUUAUUUCAAAAUUUUCUCUUUUUUAACUUUUACUAAAUAGGUCUUUAAGGAAAACCAGCAAAACAUUAGUCUGUGCAGAACCAUCUGUUUGGGGGAGCACACUUUUCCAUUAUGCUUGGCACAUAGAUCUCCCUGUAGUGGGAUUUCUUUAUUUUUUUGAGGAAGGGUAUCCUUUCUCCUGCUUCUUUUUGUUCUCCCUUCCCUCUCCUUGUUUUCCCCCACUCCAAUACAGUUGUAGAUGGAAUAGGAGAAGUCCUUGUUGAUAUAGAUUUGCAUGCAGUCUGGCAGCCUUAAGCCCACCUGGGCACUUUUAGA